AUGUCAAUAUCUAUAGCAAGCACGACGACUGCACCAACAGCAUCUACAAAUACAUCAGUAGAUACAAUAAAAAAUAAUGAACCACUUGCUGUUCGAGUUAUGCGGUUAUCUAAACCUGCAUUAUAUCAAAAUAUACCAGUUUAUGGUGAAGACGAAUCUUCAUCAUCCGUAGCUGCAUUUCUUACUGGUCAAUCACAUGAUAUAGCAAUUGGAAGUGAUAAUUCGGUAUUCAGUCAUUUACUUGUACUUCCAUAUAGUUUUGGUAAUGUAUUUUUGGGUGAAAUAUUCUCCGCAAUUGUUGCUUUACAUAACCAGAGUGAUCAGAUACUUCGAGAUGUAAUUCUUAAAACAGAUAUUCAAACAGCUUCACAAAGAAUUACACUUAAUUCAAGUGAUCAAAAUGAUUUGAAUAAAAUUGAAUUAGCACCAGAUCAAAGUAUUUCACGAGUUUUACAACAUGAAGUUAAAGAACUUGGAAACCAUUCUCUAGUAUGUACUGUAACAUGUAUCGAUCAAAAUGGUGAAAAAUGUAAUUUAAAAAAAGUUUUUAAAUUACCCGUUGGUAAACCAAUUGAUUUAAAAACACGUUUUAUAUCUGGCGCAACGCAUGAUGAAUAUUAUAUUGUUGCUGAUAUUCAAAAUCAAACUCCAUCAAUAUUAAAUAUGACAACUGUUGCAUUGGAACCAUCAACUGCAUAUACUGCGAUAAAUCUAAGUAAUCUUCAUCAUGAAAAUUCCGAAAAUUCACUUUGUGAAUCAUGGCGUUUUAUUCGACCAAAUGAAAUUACAACAUAUAUGUUUUAUUUAAAAGCUCGACAAGAUGCUAGUUUUGAAGAAAUUCAUUCCACAACAACAUUAGGUAAACUUGAUAUUGUUUGGAUGUCUGGUUUUGGUGAACGUGGUCGUUUACAAACAAAUCAAUUACCAAAACCAACUCCAUCUAUUGCAACAACAAAUCUAGGAUAUUUACCUGAUUUACGUAUAUUUUUAAUGCGUGGUCAAGGAAAAUGUCAUAUUGAAGAAGCACAAAAAUUUUCUAUAAGAAUAUUAAAUUGUACACAACGUACAAUGGAUUUAUCAUUAAAUUUUGAUAGUUCAUUUUCUAAACGUGAACAAUUUUUAUGGAUUGGUAUAGUUAGUAAACAAUUAGGAAAACUAGAAGCACAUCAUAUGUAUGAUAUUGAAUUAGAACUUGUACCAUUAACAUGUGGAUUAAAAAGAAUUGGUGGUUUGAAAUUAACAGAUUUAUUAAUGAGACAUACGUAUGAUUUUGAUGAUUUUCAUCAUCUUUUUGUUCUACCGAAAAUUGUGCAUUAA